AUGGCAGUUCUUGGGCUUGUCUUGGUUGGUUUUCUUCUUCUUUCUCUGAGCUCCUCCACUUAUGGCUCUGAUGGGGGCUGGGUUAAUGCGCAUGCCACUUUCUAUGGAGGAGGUGAUGCCUCUGGCACAAUGGGUGGGGCUUGUGGAUAUGGCAACCUGUAUAGCCAAGGGUAUGGAACCAACACAGCAGCUCUGAGCACAGCCCUGUUCAACAAUGGGCUAAGCUGCGGGGCUUGCUUUGAGAUUAGGUGUGCGAGUGAUCCAAAAUGGUGUCUUCCAGGCUCAAUUUUCGUCACAGCCACCAACUUCUGCCCUCCAAACAAUGCCCUCCCCAACAAUGCAGGCGGUUGGUGCAACCCUCCACAGCAACAUUUUGAUCUUGCCCAGCCAGUCUUCCAGCGGAUUGCUCAAUACAGAGCUGGGAUUGUGCCUGUGUCUUACCGAAGGGUCCCAUGCAUAAAGAAGGGAGGCAUAAGAUUCACAAUCAACGGCCACUCAUACUUCAAUCUGAUACUGAUCACAAACGUUGGAGGUGCCGGAGAUGUUCAUGCAGUUUCCAUCAAAGGGUCAAAAACUGGUUGGCAAACCAUGUCUAGGAACUGGGGGCAGAAUUGGCAGAGCAACUCUUAUCUGAAUGGCCAGAGCCUCUCCUUCAAGGUCACCACCAGCGACGGCCGCACCGUCGUCGCCAAAAACGUUGCUCCUGCUGGCUGGUCAUUUGGCCAGACAUUCAGCGGCGUACAAUUCUGA